AUGGAAGGCCUGUCUGCCGCCGCGAGCAGUAUCGCCGUAGUGUCUCUUGCCGUUCAGCUGGCUGACAGCGUUAAGAAGCUAUGUAACUUUUGGGAAUCCAUCAAAGAAGCGCCAUCAGACAUAAAGGAAAUAUCUACAGACUUGGAACUGCUGUCGGGCGUUCUUACCGACAUAGCUUGCGAGGCACAACACGUGGGGCCUAACGCGACGCUCUUAGCCUCCUUGGAUGCUUGUUCUUUCAAGGUCAAAAGACUCGUCACACUCCUCAACGAGAUUGAACCGGGUUUCGCUUCAACGAGCUCGCGUGUUCGCAAAUGGACCGCUUUCAAGGCCGUAUUGAAGUCUGGGAAAUUGACGAAACUUCAGGAAGCCUUAGAGAGGUUGAACGGCACCUUAUUGCUAGUGCAACAGAAUCAGAACAGUCGCUUGGGUCGAAAUCGACAUAUCACUUUAGAACAGAGCCUGGUCACCAUUACCCAAGGUAUUCCCGAUAUAAGCAUGCAACAGCAUUCACAGAUAGCCGGAAGACUUCCAGGUACAGCCUCGGCUCUUUCGAACCAUUCUGCUCUUCGUGCAGAAGAAAGGCAUGUUACGGACGACUCUGCAGGUGGUUUGUAUCUUGUUCCGGGCGAGAAGCAAGGCUUCAGCGGACCUUGGAGUGCACGACCAAAGCAGGCAAAAAUCAAACGGAAUUUGAGAGGGCCAGAAUCUGCCACAGGAUGCUUCCUUGGCACUAUCCGCGCAACCUCAAGUAUAACGCUUUCCACAACAAGGGAAGCAGAUAGUGUCACAUCCUGCCGCGACACGAAUCAAGAAGAAUAUGAGACGUCGUACAUGAUUUCUCCAGCUCCAUGGCUGAUGCGUCUUGGUAUCCAUUAUGUAUACUGUGAAGGCGACGUUAGUCUGGUACUCGAAAGGGGGCCAGACCUCCAUCAACUCGGCCUCGACAAUGACUACACACCGUACAAAGAAUCACCAACGUCUAUCGCAAUGUACUCUUCAUGGGCAUUUUCGUAUUGGCUGCGCGGAUUCGUCAGUCAUGGGGUGGAUCUUGAGAACUUCGUAGAUCAAGAACUGGAGCGAUACCCUAUGGUGCACGCUGGCUGGGGGGGAACUCUGCAUAAAUUACUCGCACAUGAUCAUCGACCUGGUCUUCAUCUUGCAAAAUUUUGGACUUGCAGCGAUUGCAAUGAAUAUAUCCGGAGUCUCAGAGUGCAACCUCAUUGGACACAUUUUCUCGAAGAUUUCAAGCUAGGGCUACACCGUGACAGUACGGCCCUCCCUAUUUCGAGAUUGGGGGAAGAGGAAAUUACGAACCUCGACACUAGAAGGGACGCUGUUGGUACUGCUGGAGAUGCUGCCAUUGUUGACCACGACGAGCUCCCGCCCAAACCUAAAUUGAAAGAAGACCCUGGUGAAAACCAUACGACGAUGGCAACUCGACCUACUUGCAGGUAUUUCAGAGACGAAGUGGUCUGUAUGGACUGUUGGCUUUACUAUGAACGGACUGGGACACGCUAUCAACCAAGCAACGACGAGAACGAGUCGGAGAACAAGUCCUCUUCCUCCCAAGGUGACUCUUCAGAAGAUGGGUUUUCUCCAUUCCAUAUCCACUCCUGGAAAGCGUUUAGGUUUCAAGGCAUGUACAGCAAGAAGACUUACCCCCAGAUUGAACGCUGGAAGGUUGAUCUGGGCCGAUGGUCAUCUGGACAGGGGAUGUAUGUCUUCGAAUUAUGUAGUAUCUUCUUCAUAAAAGAAAUGAUGUGA